AUGUCUGUGUCUCAAAGAAAUAAUUAUUUUUAUGUUAUAAAUGACUGCAGCAGCAGCGAUGACACUCCUCCAUUCUACUCUCUUUGCAGCAGCAGCAGCAGCAACUGCAGCAGCAGCACACACCCCGGAGACAGCCACACCGUGGCCAUUGGUUCGCCGCUGCAAGCUGCAGCAGCAGCAGCAGCAGCAGCAGCAGCAGCAUGCGCAGCAGCAGCAGCAGCAGCAACAGCAGCAGCAGCAGCAGCAGCAACAGCAGCAGCAGCAACAGCAGCAGCUGCAGCAGCAGAUGCUGAGUUCACGCAGCUACGUUCGACCGCAGCAGCUGCUACACCGCUGCGCAGCAAAAUGACACAGCAGCAGCAGCAGCAGCAGCAGCAGCAACAGCAGCAGCAGCAACAACAGCAGCAGCGGCCACUGCAGGGACCUCCAGAUGAGGAGCAGGAUAAGGAGCAAGAGGAGCAGCAGCAACAGCAGCAGCAGCAGCAACAGCAGCAGCAGCAGCAGCAAGACAGCUGCAUCUGCAGCCUCUCUGCUGCUGCUGCUGCCCUGCAGCAUGCAAACAAUCCAGCACAGAUAUCCGAGGCCUUAGGAGCAGCUGCUGCUGUGCUGCAGCAGCUGCAGCAGCAGCAGCAGCAGCAACAGCAGCAGGAAGAACAGCAGCAGCAGCAGCAGCAGCAGCACAAGGAACUGCUGCAUGCAGCCUUAGAAGUUGCUGCUGCAGCGUUGCUGCAGCGUGGCGAGCCUGUCUUAUCGGCCUGCAGCAGGAACAUCCUUCUGCUGCUGCUGCUGCUGCUGCAGCAGCAGCAGCAGGAGCAGCAGCGCGGCCUGCUGCUGCUGCUAAAGGAGAUGCAGCAACAGCAGCAGCAGCUGCAGCAGCAGCAGCAGCAGCAACAGCAGCAGGAAGAACAGCAGCAGCAGCAGCAGCAGCAGCAGCAGCAGCACAAGGAACUGCUGCAUGCAGCCUUAGAAGUUGCUGCUGCAGCGUGGCGAGCCUGUCUUAUCGGCCUGCAGCAGGAACAUCCUUCUGCUGCUGCUGCUGCUGAUGCAGCAGCAGCAGCAGCAGCAGCAGCGCGGCCUGCUGCUGCUGCUAAAGGAGAUGCAGCAACAGCAGCAGCAGCAACAGCAGCAGCAGAUUUCGCUAGGCAACUGCAGCAGCGACCGCUGCACCUGGGGUGUCUCUUCAGCUGCAGCAACAGCAGCAACAGCAGCAACAGCAGCAGCAACAGCAGCAGCAGCAGCAGCAGCUGUUUGCUGCUAUGUGGGCUGCUGCUGAGGAGCCUCGUCGCCCUGGCGACCGCUGCACCUGGGGUGUCUCUUCAGCUGCAGCAACAGCAGCAACAGCAGCAACAGCAGCAGCAGCAGCAGCAGCAGCAGCAGCAGCUGUUUGCUGCUAUGUGGGCUGCUGCUGAGGAGCCUCCAAGCAGCAGCUUGCUGCUGCUGCUGGUACGUGAUGCUGCUGCAGCAGAAUGUCUAUGGCGGCUGCUCUGCUGCUGCCUGCAGCAGCAGCGGCUUCAGCAGCAGCAGCAGCUAAAAGCAGCAGCAGCAGUUGCUGCUGCUGCUGCAUCCGCCUGCACCUGCGUUGACGACAGCGAACAGCAGCAGCAGCAGCAGCAGCAGCAACAGCUGCAGCAGCAGCAGCAGCAGCAGCAGCAACAGCUGCAGCAGCAGCAGCAGCAGCAUUUGGGCUGUAGGCGCUCCAUAGCGGAGUUCCUUCUGUGGGAAACUGCUGCUGCCUGCAGCAGCAGCAGCAGCAACAGCAGCAGCAGCAGCAGCAACAGCAGCAGCAGCAACAGCAGCACAGCAGCAGUGGCAGCAGCACGGGAGACGAUAGCGAGCUCUCUGGUGUAUGUACGGGGCUGCUUGCUGUCGCUGAUGCAUGCAGUUCUGCUGCUGUCUUGCUGCAGCAUCCAGGAGCAGCAGCAGCUGCUGCAGCAGGAGCAGCAGCAGCUGCUGCAGCAGUUUAAAAAACUGACUACAUACGGCUGCAGCAGCAGCACGCAGCAGCUGCAGCAGCUGCAGCAGCUGCAGCAGCAGAUGCAACAACUGCAGCAGAAGCAGCAACUGCAGCAGCAGCAGCAGCACCGGCUCUGGAGGUCUGUGCCUGCAGCAGAACUGCAGCACUGCAUUGUUGCUGCAGCAGCAAGCAGCAGCAGCAGCAGCAGCAGCAGCAGCAGCCGCUGCUCACCGUUCUUGUCUCCUACUGAGCUGCUGCUAGGAAGGGCGUCCACCAGCACGCUGCAUCAGCAGCUGCAGCAGACGCAGCAGCAGCAGCAACAGCAGCAGCAGCAGCAACAGCAGCAGCAGCAGCAACAGCAGCAGCAACUGCAACAGCAGCAGCAGCAGCAACAGCAGCAGACAGAGCUGCUGGGUUUUGGGCUGUGGCAGCAUCUUCGUACUGCUGUUGAUUCUGUUGCUGCUGCACUGCAGCAGCAACAGCAGCAGCAGCAACAGCAGCAGCAGCAGCAGCAGGAACAGCAGCAGCAACAAUACCAAUCGCAUGAGAAAAGGGCAGCAGCAGCAGCAGCAGCAGAAGCAGCAGCAACUGCAGCAGUUGUGCUGCAGCAGCAGCUUCUGCAAAGCCGGGGCCCCUUGGGGUCUAUGGGGCCAACUGAGAUACCAGCAGCAGCAGCAGCAGCAGCAGCAACGACAGCUGCAGCAGCAGCAGCUGCUGCUGCUCAAACUCCAACACGCCAGCCAGGGUAG